UAAUAUUUUCAUGUCAUCGGUAUUGACAGAAACCGAGGGAAUUGUCGCCAUGAGAUCAAUCUUCGUCACAAUUUUGAUAUUGGGCCUUGCAGCCGUCAAUGUCAAUGGAAUAUGUCGGAUGACGCGGCGUGCAAAUGCAUUCUACGUCAAAGGACGCGACAUUGACAACUUCAUAACAGGGUCUGAAGGAAGAUGUUCCGACGCAUGCGCAACUAAUCGUUUGUGUGUUGCUGCCACCUAUCGAACUUCUGACGGCCGGUGUUGGCGACACAGUACCUUGAGGAGAACUGGCUCGGGAAGUGGAUGGGUUGCUUUAAAGAAAGACGCAAGUUGCGUCAAGCCGCUCAGUGGAACAGUAAAAUACGGGUACCAAAAGGUGGACAGCGUGGCCCUUAAGAUGAAGCUUCAAGAGAUUGCAAACUUUUUCAAAACCACGGUGACCGUCACGAGUGGAAGACGCAGUGGUUUUGAUCCCUAUGUAAGAGACAUUAUUUGUGCAACUGGAAUCGCUUGUAUCUAG